AUGGAUCGUCUUUGUGCUGAGGCGCUCCGUGACUACCAACGAGCGCUUUUUGGUCUUGAACGUCAUGACCUAACUCCUACACUCCUUCAUCCGGAGAUGACCGCUCCUCGCAAUCUCUUCGAAACAAGCUCCUUAUUCCCGAUGUUGGAUCAACCGAAACCUCAACACUCUUACAUUGGCCUCAUAGCAAUGGCCAUUCUUUCGUCACCAGAGAAAAAAAUGGUCCUAAGUGAGGUGUAUGAAUGGAUAAUGAUCCACUACCCCUACUUCCGUACACGCGGUUCCGGCUGGAGAAACAGCAUCAGACACAAUCUCAGCUUAAACGACUGUUUUGUGAAAGCCGGAAGAGCGGCGAAUGGAAAGGGUCAUUAUUGGGCAGUACAUCCCGCUUGUCUUCGUGACUUUGAAAGAGGGGAUUUUCGACGACGACGAGCUCAAAGAAAGGUUCGACGACACAUGGGACUCUCCGUCCCUGACGGAGAAUCAUCGGAUGACUCACCAAGUCCAACUCCAGCUUUUACAUUUCCUUUACAAGAGAUUAAACUACAUUCAACACCUUCGAGAAGACGGGAUUUUUCCAUCGAUUCGCUAUUAGCCGACAACUUUUAG